AUGGGGAAGAUUACUCUGGUGUGUGCAAUUGUCGGGGAGGUGGGAAGCGCGUUUGGUGUGGAGAUGGACGACGGUGAGCAAGUGUGGAAGGCGAAGGAAGUCAUCGCAGACAAGCUGAAGUACACGAGGCGACCUGACAUACUGCAGCUCUUCCUGGCGAAGAAGAAGAAAGGCGCUGCGGUGUGGCUAACGGAGAACGACGUGAAGGACGGUGUCAGUGACACGAGUGAUUUGAAGCUAUUGGGCGUUGCAGGAGCGCCGCUCAGCUUGGUCGGCUUGUCGGAGAAGGACGUCAAGUUCGUACCCACGCUAGAGGAUGUCGAGUCGAUGAACACACCUGUUCACGUGCUGGUGGCGUUGCCUCCUGGGACAAGUAGUGCGCCUAUUUCUGAUGGGACGGACUUAUGGCUGUCGAGAUUUCAACAUUGUGAAGUUGCAAAACUUACGCUACUGCCGACACGCGGAGAUCUAAAUGAAUUUAUCGGACAACCUCUCCCUGUAAAGAUUGGGUUACCGCAGUCUGUGUUUCAAGCUUGGUCGAGUCCAUUGAUACUAGGCCAACUCCUUCGAGAUAAGUUGUUCGAGCUAAACGACAUUUCGCCGUGCGAAUUUUUAAAAGAUUCGGUGUUUAGCGCUGCGUUCCUGUACCCGCAGGUGGAUGGGGAUGCCACAGAGAGUGCAUUUCAUUAUUUCUGGGACUCAAUUAUCCGUGUGGUGCUCGGGUUUGUGUUUAGGCGUGCUUACAUCAACCGGGAUUCGAGCAGGAAAUCCUCGUCAGGUUUGAAGCGACCCGACUUUUUGUUUGCUUUGGAUCAUAUCUGUGUUUUUCGUGGUGAGGAGAAAGAACCUCGUACUUCUAUCAAUGUGCCUCGUGAGGAGCUCUCUAAAAAGCUGGUGUGGUCCUACGGUGGAGUGCCGUAUGUGUUUGGCUAUGCUGCGUCGGGCUUCGAGCUAGAAUUAUUUGCUAUCUAUCAAGACGUCACGGGCAACGUUAAAACCCACCUUAUUGGAGGGUUUAACUUGCAGCAUGCGCCGGAGCGUUUUCGACUUGUACUGGCACUUCUGAAUUUGUGUCUGCUUUUCCCGGCAAUUGUGCAAAACUGUCCGGCCUCGGCAGGGACCGAGUUCAUGGACAUCCAUCGCGCCAAUGGCGUCAAGGUGCGGUUGAGUCCGAUUUUCGUCGAUAAGAUCUUUCAUACACAAGAAGAGUAUCGUCGCGUGAAGCAGAUCUACGAUUCUUUGAAAGCUUAUGGGGUUCCUUGUGCCGAUGCAGUUGUCACGGUGGAUUCAGACCAAUUGAGGUUGACACUUAAGCCCCGCGGCAUUGAGAUGAAGCCAUGCAGCUUGAGUGAACUGUUCGUCGCGCUCGGGAACGUUCUCGAGGCCCUUGUAGUCCUCCAUCGCAACGGGUGGAUGCACAGAGACAUCCGUUGGUCUAACGUGAUCAAGCAUAUCGACCGCGUUGAAUGGUUUUUGAUCGACUUCGCUGAUGCAGCUCAAAGUCCGCAGAAAUAUCCCAGCGGCGAUCACUUGACGCACGACGAACACGCUUCAGAUAUUUUUAUGGAAGGUGGAUCCCACACGACUGCGGUUGACUUAUGGGCCGUGGGAUACCUGGUGAAGACAAGUAAGAUUGAACGGGAAUGGACUGCGGAGCCCGAAAGAGCGCUUUUCCUAGAUCGGUUGAUGAACCCAGACCCGAGUGCUCGGCCGACGGCAGACGAAGCCUUACAGCUUCUGUCACGUUUUGAACGUGAAGCUGCUGAGCAGGAAUCACAGGGCAAGGGUGUGCGCAAGAAGCACAGACGUGUUUGAAUUUUUGCAUCGCUAUGGCACUACCAUUACGCGCUGGGACGAAGUACUAUGGUACUAACAACAGGAGUAGUCGAUGAAUGAGCAACACACGUUUACUUCGAAUGUAUGAGAAAUCUCGGUUGACGAGAGAAACUCGUUGACACACCGCAGCAGCUAUCAUGCGGUGCGAAUGUGGCCACUGGUUGUCGUAUACGCCCGCCUUCACGGCGGCCACCACGAUACUAUCUCUAGUCGGUUAAGUACACCAUCGCAGCCUUCUCUAUUAAUCCCUGAACGCUGGAAAUCGUCGCGGUCUGCACCGUCGCCGGCAUGUUUGCGUUGAGGGGACGGUGCCAAAGUUGUCAAUAUCACUCAUCGUGAUUGUGCCGUAGUCGGUGAGUUGAGUGGUAGAAUGAAAAGCCGGUCUUUUGCAUCUAAAUAAGCUCGGAGCAGCGGGAACAUCGUGACACUUUCGCAAACGCCCGAACUUCCGCGUCCACGGCCCAGAGCGCCGACCACACGGCAGCGCUGUCAAACAACGCGCCGUCCACGUCCAGCUCGACCAUCGCCAUCAGUGCUUUCCUCACCUUCCCGGCUCUCCACACCAUCCACCCACUGCCGCCUCCCCGCUGUUACCGUUGCUGCAGUAUCCGCCACCCGCACGCCGCCCUUCCACUGUCGCGGACGUCGCCACCCUUGCUCACCACCUCAUUCACUCUGCCCCCUCACGCUUCUUCCACUCUAGCUCGCCACCGUCGCCACCAUUGCCGCCACUCCACUCGCUCGACGUCCGAACCAUUUCCCUCUUUUUUUAAAC